AUGCACUCGUCUACGGACUCUUAUAAUCCAAAUAACAGACGUUUAGUUGGAGAGGGGGGGUCCCCAACAGCAGAAUACAUAGGAUUAUCCAAUAAAAGGGGGACAACGGUCUCCCCAUACUUAUUGGAAGUGUGGAGAGAAGAACUGGUGUUUUGGAAGAAUCAUGACACUUGUCGCAGAAUGUUUAACUGGGUACGAGAGGUGCUUGGAAGUCUUGACGAGAGUUUCCUUAGGAAAAUCUUCAACAAGCUCCUCCAUGAUGGUGAGCUUGUCAAUGAUCACGUUCGAAUAUAUCUACACAUGAAUGGUUACAGCGUAGAAGGACGAGAUAUUAUCGAUACUCCAUACUGGAUGCAUAUCGCGUUUCUCCAGGUAAUGCAUUUAAUAUAUCUAGACGAUGACAUCAUGCUGUCUGAAUCAAUUGAAGAACUAACGUGGCCGCGUUUAAAGCACAAAAAUGCAAAGAACAUUACAAUUAUGCUAAAUAUGUUCUUUGAAUAUUUAAAAGAAAGACCAUUUUUGUUGGGGGAAUUUCCUAUGAACAAUUGGGAAAAUAACGUUGACCAUGUUGACAGCGCUGAAAUUUCCACUGAUAUUUUUGAUAAAAGUGCUGAAGUAUCUACUCAAAUAGGUGUCGGCGAGAGCUGUGUAGAAAAGGAGGAUCGUCCGAAUGAAGGCGCAGCAAAUCCGAUUAACGAAAUGGAUUCUGCUCUUUAUACCGAUCGCUCAGAAAGUGAAGAUAAUCAUAUCAAAGAUAUUUGCAAUGACACUGAACAAUCUAGUUCCGUCAGGAUUUUCUCCAGCUCAUCUCCUCCACCUUCAAGCGUCGACGCCUCCGCAGAUCAUCUUCAGAAUAACGAAGGCGCAACAAACCUAACCGAUGAAAAGGGAGAUGAACUCGCUCGCCUAACAGAUAUCACCAACUGUGCGACCGAGGAUAUGAUUGCAAAAACGGAUAAUCAAACCAUUGCUGUUCCAUCCUUGAUGGAUUCACAUCCAGCUUGGAAUAGUAUAGUAUUCAAAACUUCCCUACACAAGUCAGCAAAGUUCAAAGUGGCAAUCGAGGAAAAAGCACAAUUCAACACAAAUGUAUUUAAUGAUUUCUUUGGAGUGGAUCAGGAACGCGUUUUGAAGACGGCAGCAAAAGUCAAAAAUGGCAUCUUUUUUGGGCUCACUGUCUUUUUUGCAGAUGAUGCAGCUUCACAUGCUGGUCAAAAUCUAAAGGCACUUGUUGCAAGCAACGGAGGUAAAGUUUACUCUAAAUUAAGGAGAACAGCAACUCAUAUGGUGACGAAGUUACCAGUCCCUUGGUAUAAGAUUGAGAACUUGCGACGCAACACAAACUGCCGAAUCGUCAAUCCCGAAUGGGUUUUAGAAUGCCUACGAGUCGGCCGACGUAUUUGUGAAAGUGCAUUUAACAUGGUUGGAGCCCAACAAGAACAACAAACAAUUCAAAACUUUUUAAAUAGAGAUAUCAAUGCUCAAGUAAGGUUUGGUGACGACCUUUCUAAUACAAGGAGGAAAAGAAGAGAAUUCGAUGAAAUUUUUGAUGAACUUGAAGAUAAAAACAAGAGGUAUAGGAUCAACUCUUAUAUUGACCCUGAUAAUUAUGACACCUCGUACAUCCAAGAUCCUUCCUUCGUUCAAGAAUGGCACAGAGAAGUAGAUGUUGACGUUGAUGAUAUGAGCAUAUUAUCAGAAAGUACGAGAAUUUCCGAUUAA